AGCUUCUUUCUUCCGGCUCCCUCCUGCCGAUGAGUCGUACAACGUUUGUUAGAUCGUGCGAACGCAGUUGUUUCGUCAGCGACGAUGCAGCUUAGUGGACCGUGAUAUUUUCAGAAAUUUCAUAGUCAGAUCGUCGGAACGUAAUUCUCGAGCAACGUCUUACAGGUUAGGUUGCUCUAUUUCCUGAGUCAAAAUGGAAUCAAUGGACGCGCGCCUUGUUGCGCAGGCUUUAAACUACCAUGGUCAGCAGUUGCAGAAAGUGUGGGAAGGAGAACGCAACGAGAAUGAGUUGGCCAUGCUCAAUCUCAAGGAACCCAAUUUUGAAAUUUAUCAACAGAGACAGAAAACGCUUAGCUUCGGAGAUAGAGGAAAAAGGCUAAAGCUUCAACAAUUCCUCGCUAAGAAAGCAGAUGCUCUUUAUGAUAAAGCAAAUCUUGAGAAGACUGUAGAGCCUAUUAAGCAAGAAUUAGGAGACGAAGAAUUUUAUGCAACAAUGCCAGGACUCGAUACUUUUGUCACUAUGGAAAAAUCUCAACGUAUUAGAAACUUCUUGGAAAGUUUAGUUGUUGGAGAUGUAAUUUAUGCACAAGUGAUGAGUAAAAGUGCUCCUGGACUUCUUCUGAAGGUUCUUUGCAACUGCUCUGACUGUCCUCGAGUUGUUACUGAGUUAGGAAUAAAGGUUCUAAUAUUGAAUACGGCCACUGUGCCGGCGGUGGACAAGAAAGGUGUUACAAGAGGCUACAUGGCAAAUGAUCUCGUCUGCGUCGUAGUCAGUGAAGUUAACGUUGAGGCGGAACGAGUCGUUGCAGUAAUGAACAUGCCUGCCCGCGAGGGCCAAGCCCCACAUCCACCUAUGGGUCUUAUUCAUUCUGACGAUCUUCCAGAAGCUUAUAAGAAAGCUGUGGACAACAAAGGUCAGAGUUAUGAAACGCUCUUGGAGAAUAGUACUGGCUUCAACAACCCAAACAACAUAAAAUAUCUUUGUGACUUGAUGGGUCUAGGGCAAGAAAAUCAUUCUAACAUGGUUGGCCUAAGAGAACGUUUUCCUCCCAAUGAAUAUUCAUCAGAAUUGAGACAAGCACAAGCAAGCAAGUGGGCAUUCCGAAGCGUUGCCGAAGGAAUAGAUCACUUCAAAGCUGGCCGCCAUUCUGAAGCCUUUCAGUGUCUUAAUAAAGCACUUUCGGUAGACCCAAGAAAUGUUGAAGGCUUAGUCGCUAGAGGAGCGUUAUACGCGAACAGCGGUAGUUUCAAGAAAGCGAUCGACGAUUUUGAAACCGCUCUAAAACUAAAUCAAACGCAUGCGAAUGCUCGUAAAUAUAUGGCUGAAACGCUCGUAGCACUUGGACGCAGUUACGAAGAUGAAAAGAAGUACGAUGAAGCUCAGAAAGCGUAUGAAAAUUGCUUAGCUAUCGCACCGUAUCACGAAGAGGCACGGAAUUCUAUCGAAUAUAUCAAAUCAAAAACUCUGACAUCUUCUUUGAACCCACUUGACACGUUUAAAAGCUUCGAAACGGAGAACGACGUUGGUGACAAUAAAAAAGAGAAAAAGAAACGUAAGAAGGAAAGAAAAUCUAGAUCGAAAAAGAGACAAAGAUGGAGUUCCAGCUCUAGUUCGUCAUCGAGCGGAUCAUCAAGUACAUCUAGUUCGGACUCGAGCAGUUCCUCGUCUUCAGGGAGUUCACGAUCUGCAUCUCGUUCGCCGAGCAGAAAACGGAAACAUAAGAAAGAUCAUCGUGGAUCGCUUUCGCCUCUUAGCAAGCGUAUGGCUCAAUACAACAAUCCUCCGGCUGCUACAACCACCGCCCAUGACGUAAUUGCACCAGUUUCUUACAAUGCUAAUACUCGCGAAAAAAUGGACGAUUAUGAAAUUAAAGUGCGCAAGUUCUUGGAACAAACUAAAGAUGAUUCCGAUUACGAAGACAAGGUAAGAAAGUUCUUGGAAGAAACUGCAAGAUGGAAGAGGGAAAGGGAAAAGGAAAAGAAGCAUUCAGAAAGUGAAAAGAUGAAGAAGAAGAAGAAAAAGGAGAAGAAAGGAAAGGAUAAGGAAAAGGAGGAUAAGAAGAGUAGAAAGAAGAAGAAGAAAGAGGAACGAAAGAAGCGUAAAAACAAGGAUAAACUUGAAAGAGAUUUGGAGGCAUUGAAAAAGUCAUCUUUACCAGAUUUGGAACAACUCGAAUCGAAACUAAAUGCUUAUUAUGCGAAGGUUGAAAAAGAAACAGCGGUCCUAAAAAGGUAUGUAGCACAGUAUAAUGACAUACCUUCCCCUCUUAGCAACGCGGAGAAGCUCGCGGAGAGCUCACGCAGGGAGGAGGAGCUACGUAGAGAGAGGGAAAGGGAGAGAGAUGAGGCGUCAAAAGCUUAUCAUGAACGAGAACCCAGAAUACCAAUGACUGCGCAACAGCGUAAAGAAAUUCAGAGGAAGCCUUUAACGGACAUUUUUGAACAAGAAUCACAGUUAAUUCAUCCCGAACCUAAAGUACCUACUUUAGAUACAGCUGCGUUAAAUGCUAAAUGGAAGGCUGCUCAAGCGGCUAGCGACGAAGACGAUGACAACGAGUUAGAAGAGAAACUGCAACGAGCAGCGCUAGAAAAAUCAUUGAAUAUUCGUAAACAGAUGCAACGAGAAUUGGCAGAGAAGAGAGCAGCAGCUGCCCAACCGAUGUCUGCCCCUACACCGCCACCACCAUUGCCUAAGGAACCUCCGAUACCGAAACAAGCUCCAGUGAAAUAUCCUACUCCGCAACCACAGAACAAGUUUCAAUCUUACAAAGAUCCUACUAUAUCGGUACCUCAAGGUACACCGAAUAAGUUCAGCUCCGGCAGUAAUCUCGGUGGUAAAUUCCAACCGAUCGGUCAAUGUCCUGGAAGUGGAGGUGGCCAUCCACCGGAACCUCCGCGUCCACCGCCACCAGCGAAGAAUCAGAAUCAGGCUAAAGGGCCAAGAACGGAUUCUGACAGCGAGACGGAUCGACAGCACAGACAGACGCCUAAGAAACGCGAGUCGAGCGGUAGAGGAGGUACGGUCUCCAAGAGAAUGAGCAGAGACAGACCAGGAAAGCGUUCUCGUAGCAGAUCUCGCAGUGCAUCCAGUUCUGGUUCCUCGAGAUCUCGAUCUCCAAGGCGAACACGAUCGCGUUCUUAUUCCAACAGAAGAUCCGGCAGUUACGAAAGAAAGUAUAGCCGUUCGCCUUCCGGUACAUACAGUCGAUCAAGGUCAAGAUCACGAUCAAGAUCUUACACUAGGAGUCGUAGUCGCAGUAGAUCCGGCGACAGAGGCUAUUAUCGCAAGAGACAGUUCCGAUUAUACAAUAAUCGUGGGACUUAUUACAAGCCACGCUUUCAAGGCUUUAACAAUCCAAACCAUCGUGGCGGUGGCAAUAACUUCCAAAAUAGAAACCGAUUCUACAAUAAUCAACACAACAAUCGUUUCGGCAACAGACGUGGUGGUGGAUUCAACAAUCGCGGCGGUGGACGUGGACGUGGUGGCAACCGUGGUGGUAGAUUUUUCCACGGUAAGCAGGGCUUCCGCGAUUUCAGGGACAGGCGAGACUUUAGAGAUCGUCGCGCAGUAUCGCGCGAUAGAUACAGCGAUCGCAGUUAUUCACCCGACCCAAUGAGAAAAGUUGAUGAAGCCAAAGAGAAAAUCAACAAGAUGCUCGAAGGCGGUGACGACGUAAUGGAUCAUCAGCAAGGUGCCGGAGGAUCGAGCGUUCCUCCCAAUAAGAGACAAGAUGGACCUCUGAGCGAGGGCGAAGAACGCGAUGAUGAUGACUACGAGAGGUGGGGAGAGGGAGAGGGGGGCGACGCGACUAACAAGAGCGAGGAAGUUGGAGCUGUCGACGAUAACCUGGAAGGCAAGGAGUACUUCAUUGAACGCAUGAAGCAGCGAAGCAAGAAUGUAUUAAUGCAGAGAGCCCUUGCAGCUAAGAUUUGGUAGAUAUGCGUGCCGUUGCCGACGCUGUUUCUUCUCUUCUCCUUCGUCUGUGAUAUUCUCUAUUUCCUCACGUUGGCUGUGCCUAGUCACCAGCGAUCGACCAAUUCACGUGAGAUACACUUUUAUAAUUUUUCGUACCGAUAACGCGCGGUACAUAUCUAAAUAUUAUCAAGUAAAUAUCACGGACGGUAAUUAUUCAAAUUAUAACUGGCGGCCAUUAUGAUCGUUAAGAAUUCUUUUAUCUUAAUUGUCGACGAAUUCUCUCGUUCGUCAUUUUUGCGGAUAUAUCAUUAAAUGUAUAAUAUCGAGACGAUCGUGUAUAGUUUAUUAUUAUAUCUACGUUUCAUCCGUAUCGUAAUAAAAUCAUACGACAUUCUUUUGCUCGGUUUUGCAAGAGGAAACCCGAAA